AGUGUUCACAAAACACCGGUUGACCUUGAAAAUGACAUGGGACGAUGAUGGGUAAAAAACAAUCUCGUCGAAUAACAUUUCUCAAUUAUCAACGAGUUUAAGCCGCUGACACUGCAUUACAUGGGAAGAAAAGGUGAUAUAAGUGACUGACGAAAGUUAAAUAAUACUAUUACAACUAGUGUAUAAUGGACGCUCAUUUUAUUACAAAAAUGAAAUUGCAUUACUGCGUUUCGGUUGCCUUAACCGUUAUGUCAACAAUUCCAAUCAUUGCGACUGAAGGAAAUCCCAUAAGCGGGAAAAACUGGACCGAAGAUAGCAUUAUAUCCCUGUUUCGCUCUUAUGGUGAAACCUUCUGCUCUGAAACUGAAGUGUGUGGCAACAACAGAUCAACUCGAGUCAGAUCUCUGAAUAAUUCAGAAUGGAUACCUUGUUGUGAUGAUUGCUAUUGCGACGAUGACUGUGAGUUCUACAAUGACUGCUGUUUCAAAAGCGUGUACUCUACAUUUCGGCAUGAGAAUGAAGAGUGUUUAUAUCCAUUGUCAAAUCAAAAUAUUGACAUAAAAGUCGACGUAGCGUUUUACAUGUUGACGACUUGCAACAAAACUAUAAACUGUUAUGAACUUCAGCAAAAUCCCUGGGGUCCUCUCCUGCCAGUAUUUUCGCCCAGUCGCCAGAAAAUAUACAUAAAUAAGAAUUGCGCAGCAUGCAAUGGGGUUCAGGACGGCAAAGAGUGGGGUUCUUACAUAGUGUUACAAAAUUCUAAUGCGUCUGAUAUAGAUACAAUACUCUCCGCCUUAAGAUUCAGAACUUUUGCAGCAAACUGCCAUGCGUUUUUCACAUACCCUUACGACGAUGUGUACAUGUUAAGAAAGUUACAAUGCUAUAAAAAAGCUCUGGUAGACUCAUGUCCGAAAAAACCUGCUCUGGGAAUCAACAGUUUGCAAUACCUUCGUCAAUUUAAUAUAGAUCAAAACAGUAUUGCCGAAUUAUGUUCGAGUUCGUUUCAUUCUGUUUAUGUUCAUAUCUUGCGUAUUAACUAUUAUUUUAAAAACGUAUUCUGCUUCAUCUGCAACCAUGAUAAGUUACCAAACAAAAAGUGUCCUUUGGAUUCCAAAUAUCCUGCUAAAGGUCAUUCAAAUCAAAAGUUCAUAACCUUUAUGAAAUGGAUGGACACCGUUUCUGAUGUGGAUGCAUUGCCAUUUUCAGCUAAUGAAGAAAAGAACAAGAUCAAAAACAGGGUGAUUCAUUGCCCUGUCGGACAAAAACGCAACCUCAUGGGUGAGUGCAUUUUUGCACUACCAGAAUGGCCCGCACUAACGGUUGGGUUUUUCGUAAAACUGAUUAUAGCUGAGCCGAUUCGUUUACCAAAUGAAACGUCCAAGGAAGAUAUUCAACAAUUCUUCGAGGCCAUUGAAUUUUACAUUGAGACAUCGAUGAACAUUGAAAUUGUAUCUGAGUACGCCUACUUUGUUACGGAAUCAGAUUCUGUCAUCAUAGACUAUUUUGCUAUCGUAUUUCAAGCAUCAAGAGACAUCACUCCAUCCGUAUUGAUGAGUCAAAUAAACCAGUUUCUUAAAUCAAAAUGGCUCGUCCAAUUUAACAAUACAUCGAUACUAUGUAAACAAGAACUUAUGUCCCAAAGUGUUCGAAGUUUGUCUCACCUUCAUGAAAUACAAACAAAGUACGAUCUCAAAUUUCUAGAAAGAUCGUAUAACUUAGUAAUUAUUGACAAUCGGAGACCGAGCUACAGGAAAAUGAAGAUGAAUGGAAUGCUGCUUAUAGGUAAAAUAUUUUUCUGUUCUUUGGUUGAAUUUGCUGAAGAUGAAAUUUUAAUGUAUGAUGGAUAUUUGAUAUACAUCGCAGAGUAUGCAAAGUAUUUUGGCGACAUGGAAUUUGUGACCACCAUCGAUUUCACUGGUAAAGGUACAUUCAAAGUGUGUUGGUAUGACACACUAUUCAAAGAUUUUAAACAAUCUGUUUCGGAUAGCAGGGCCAUACACGCGACCUAUCAAAUCACGUUUAUGUGCACAAUUUCGUGUAUGAUAUACCUUGCACUUUAUUACUACAACUGACUGGACAUUGUUCAGCUGCAAAUACAUGAUAAGAGCAUUAUAAGGCAUGGCAAUUGUGUUGGCCCUGUGUAAUCGCGACUUUGAUAAACACAGUAUUUAACCCUUUGCAUGCUGAGAAAUUUGUCGUCUGCUAAA